CAGCCUGUCAAUCACUUCACUGCGUCAGUUUCUCUUCGCAAGCAGUAUUAUCGUGUUUUAUACUUUGAUGGAUUUUUGAAUGAGAAUUAAUUGAUCUUACCUAAUAAUGGGUGCCAUAUAUAAAUUAAGGAGAUUAAUUUAAUCCUCGAAAUUACAAAUGGCUGCGGAAUCGCUUCUGAAAACGGGCAAGCAUUCGAAAUAUACAUCGUAUAGAAAAAUCUUGUAUCAUAGGUUCUUCGUCGGCCUACUCUUGUUUAUAGUGGUAUCUUUAGUGUUUACUGUGGUGUUUAAUACGUUUACUGGUAGUGCGGCGCGGAUAGAUGUGUAUCAAGCUGUGAAUUUGGACUCGACAAGUUUUGAAGUGGUUAAAAUCAGCAGUAGUGCUCUGGAGGCGCAUCCUCGUGUCUCCAACUGCACGUACUGGGACUGCGUCGAUGUCUACAGAUGUGGGAAAGGCGGACACAACAAGAUAACAAUAUACAUAUAUCCAGUAAAAGACUAUCAGACUGAAAAUGGGAAUUCUAUAUCAAGAUUUUCUAAAGAAUUUUAUAUGAUAUUAGAUACUAUAAAACGUAGUAAAUAUUACACGCCUGACCCGGAGGAGGCGUGCCUGUUAGUACCUAGCAUAGAUACUUUGAAUCAACAUAGUUUCUCAAGUAAACAUGUCGCACAAGUGCUGCAGUCUUUGCCAUAUUGGAACCACGGUGAAAACCACCUUAUAUUCAACAUGCUGCCAGGGUCCGCACCCAAUUAUAACUCCGUGGUGGACCUUAACACCAGCCGAGCCAUUAUAGCAGGAGCUGGAUUCAACACAUGGACAUUUAGAUACAAUUUUGACGUAUCAAUACCCGUGUACAGUGCUGUCGCAGAGACGAUCGACAGCACACAACCAGAACAAAAGAAGUACCUUAUAAUAUCAACGCAGCUCAAUAUACCACACGAUUAUUUAGAAGAAUUACAGAACAUUGCGUCUUCGUCCAAUGAUCUCUUGUUGUUGGACCGAUGUAAGACUGACAAAACAGAUCACAGUAAGCGGUGUGAGUACACCACGGGUAGACAGUUUGACUACCCCAACGUCCUGAAGGAUGGGAUGUUCUGUUUAGUUGUAAGAAGUGCGAGGUUGAUGCAAGCUGUGCUGAUGGAUAUUCUUGCUUCUCAGUGUAUACCAGUAGUGAUUGCGGACUCAGUAGUGAUGCCAUUUAGUUCACAUGUUGAUUGGAAUAAACUAGUACUGUUUGUACCGGAAGAUAAUAUAAAGAAUUUAGUUAAAAUUGUGCAUUCAGUGAGCAAAGAGCGCCGUGGAGAGCUCUACUGGCAGCUAAGAUGGGCAUUUGAUAGAUAUUUUGCUAGCAUAGAGAAGAUAACAUUGACUGCUUUAGAGAUAAUUAAUGAGAAAGUGUUUGCGUUGGCCGCCAGGACGUACGAAGAGUGGAACAUGCCUGAACACUUGUACGGUCCAGUGAAUCCACUCUUCUUGCCGGUGACCGCGUCUAAAGCGGCCGGCUUCACCGCGGUCAUACUGACGUACGACCGGGUAGACAGCCUGUUCGCGCUGGUGUCCAAACUGGUGCGGACGCCGAGCCUAGCCAAGAUACUAGUCGUUUGGAAUAAUCAGAAAAAGGCGCCGCCUCCUUCAUCCGAAUGGCCAGUUACAAACAAACCGUUGAAAGUGAUACGAACCAAAGAGAACAAACUGUCAAAUAGAUUUUUCCCGUACGACGAGAUUGAGACUGAGUGUCAGCUGACCAUUGAUGACGAUAUCGUCAUGUUGACACCUGAUGAGUUGGAAUUUGGUUUCGACGUGUGGCGUGAGUUCCCCGACCGGAUAGUGGGGUUUCCGUCCAGGCUGCACGUUUGGGAUAACACCACCAACUCGUGGCGAUACCACAGCGAGUGGACCAACCAGAUUUCUAUGGUGUUAACAGGCGCAGCGUUCCACCACAAGAUCUGGUCGUGGUACUACACGUACAAGAUGCCGCCGGAGAUCAGGAGCUGGGUGGACGACAACUUCAACUGCGAGGAUAUCGCCAUGAACUUCCUCGUCGCUAAUGUUACUAGGAAGGCGCCAAUUAAGGUGACGCCACGUAAAAAGUUCAAGUGUCCAGAAUGCACGAAUACAGAGAUGUUAUCGGCCGACGCGAGGCACAUGUCGCAGCGGUCGGCGUGCAUCGCUCGCUUCGCAGAAAUAUACGGCCACAUGGCCUUACAGCCCGUCGAGUUCAGAGCCGACCCGCUCCAGUACAGGGAGACUGGGUCGGGGAUACCGCACGCGUACCCUGACAUAGGCGCGUUGUAAGGUAAGGUUUUGGGGGCCCUCUUAACGAACUGUAUUGAAAUUAGGACGUUUUUGCAAGUCUUAAUGAAGAACUGUAUUCAAAUUGGAAGUGGAAGGUUACCAUUCAGUAUGUUGUAUUUAUUAUGAUGAUACGAACUAAGCUGGAUGUGUUCAGGUUUUAGUACAAUCAGCUUUUAAAGGUUUGGUGACUGUAGCAAUGUACAGUCAACCGCAUAAACUGUUCAAUGUUUACAAAAUUAACAAGGUAGUUGAUUGUGAAAUUAGAAGAGGGCCUCGAAUGUUAGAUUUAAUGGAAAGUAGGUGGUACGGACAAUAACAAAUUGAAUGAAGGCUGUAAGAGAAAUAAAAAAUGGGAUUUCGUCCCCAAUACCAGGGUAUGUAGAGUUAAACUGCCAUUAUUUCAUUAAAUUCCCCGAUACACCCCAACUUUGUACAUCUACGGUGGAAAAUCUAUUAUUUGUAAUUUGUAAGUCAAUAAUAUGCCAGCUAUCAAAUAUCCCUAUCAAAGUAGGUAUAACAAUUAUACUGAACAUUAAGUAUAUGGAACAAACAUAUUAUGUAAAAAAACAAAAAAAAAAUGAUCAAAAUGUUUUAAUUUAUGAACAAAUAUUAUAAUGCAAUUAAUUUUAAAAUAUUUUUAAGUACGUACCGAACAAUUCAUAUGGACUUUUUACCGUAAAUGUACAGUUCGCAUGAAAAAUAUGUAGCCAUGGUCGAAGGGACAUCAGUAUAUUAAUUUUUUAAGUAUAAAUUGUGCACCUUUCUGUACAAUUUAUACUUAAAUAUGAAAAUAAACUGGUGUACUUAAUAUAGCGUUAGGCUGCAUAUUUUUCAUUGUGAAAAAAUCCCUUAUCCUUAUUUUAAGGACUUGCGUUGUGAGCUUACGAAUGCCUUCGGAUUAUUUUGACGGUAUACAAUGUCAAAUUAUAGUGUUAUGGAUAUAGUUUCCUGAUCCGGAGCUGCGGACUACCUAGCGGGUUUACCGGGGCUUCGGGUCGAAAAGCAGGAGAAGGAACGGGGUGGUUUUUAGUCAGUAAG